AAUCACAAUUAUAGCAUUUGAGUUUAGAUUUAAAAGAACAGUAACACUACUCGUCCGGUUCCCACAACACUUUAAAUCAUCUCCACACACUUCAACAAUUGAGAUCACUGGGAUCCCAAUUGUUGGGACAAAUAUCAUUUUCGUUAAUAAGACUUCAUCAAAAGAAAACUGAUACUAGACUAGUUGAUCCAAUUGAGCUCCCACAAAACAGUCAUGCUUCGGCCCAAAGAAGACUGAAUAGCCCAAGUUUGGGUGCAGGGCCCAGAAAAACAAGAGAAGUAUCAGGCGGCCCAACUGCAGGCCCAUCAAAAUGUGUGUGUGUAAAGUAAUGCAAACUUGCCAACAUGGUAUGGCAAGUUGGUCUUUCAAGCCUAAGUCUCCUUCUCAUUUGAUUCACCUCACCAGAAACAAUGCCGUAUUCCAUGCCGAACCAACAAGAUUUUCCAGGUAUAUGGAGAAGUUGCCAAGAAGUUGGCUCUGAGAUAAACAAGUAUUAUAAAUAUCACCAUAUUCAAGAGCUCUGACCCUUACAUCUACUUCUUUCUUCCUUGAGAGAACCCACUUUUCCUGAUUUGACUUGCGGAAUGGAAGAGGCAAUGGUGAAGUUUUUGAUACAGAAACUGGAAUCCCUGCCAUUUCAGGUGACUGAAACUUUUCUUGGACAUGAAGAUCAAAUAGCACGGCUGACGGGUACAUUCAAGGAGAUUACAUCUUUCACUGAAGUUGUAAGCAGAAUAGAUGGUGAUGCUGCCAUCCUUAGUUGGGCAACUGAGCUGAGAGAUCUGAUUUUUGACUUGGAAAAUAACAUUGAUGAGUUCAUGAUUCAGAUGGAUCAGCAAAGCGUAUCUGAUAAACGGGUGCUUAAUGAUGGCUUCAGAGCUCAACUGCAGAAUAUUGAAGGCCGUCUCCUUCAAAAUGUACAAAGGAUGCAUGACAUCAAGCUUCCAACUGCAAAUGAAGGAGACAAGGAAGAAAACAUAAUCAAUUCUGAAGUAAUGGCGGAAGGUAAUGCUUCAUCAUCUUUUCCUUUCAAAUCAAGUUUUAUUAGUCUACCAUAUUACCUCAAGUAUUGUUUGAUGUACUGUUGCAUCUUCCCUGAGAAUUACUGGAUAUCAAGAGGGAGAUUGAUCCGGUUAUUGUUAGCCGAGGGUCUGGUUCAAGAAAAGGCAGGAGAAGUUAUGGAAGAUGUAGCUAGAGAAUAUAUAAAGCAAUUGGUCAACAAGGGAAUGCUUCAGGUCAAGGAAGAAGAAGGAGAUGGUGGGAUGAAACUCAAGGUGCCUUUUAUGCAUCGCGAGUUCCUUGUUAGUGAAAACAUUUUUACAAUUAUCAAUGCAGAUUCUAGUCUCCCCAAACCUACUCGCCGCAUUUCAAUUUAUACAGACAUCGAAAAGUUAGCUUUCAACUUAAAAGAUCUUCAACCUCGGUCUUUAUUUUUCUUUGAAAAUCAAGGCCCUUCUGAUGGUAAUUGGUUGGAUUUUCAAUGGGCAAAAUUUUUGCGGGUGCUAGAUCUUGAAGAAAGCGGGAUAAAAAGCUUACCAGAUGAAAUAGGAGACCUGAUCCACAUGACCUAUCUUGGCUUGAAAGGAACUGACAUCAACGAGCUUCCACCAACAGUUGGUAAUCUACAAUAUAUACAAACCUUGGACAUCCGAAGGUGCAGGAUCGCAGAGUUAUCAGCUGAAGUCCUGAAACUUGGAAGACUGAGACACCUCAAAAUGUUCAAAACAGAUGUUGUGGGUGGGAUAAAGCCACCACCAGGUUUAGGUGAAUGGAAAAACCUCUUGACACUCACUGGAAUACACCCUGGUGACACUGUUGCAACAGAAUUAAGUGAAUUGAUUCAGCUCAGGAGGCUGGGAGUGAUGAAUGUGGCAGAAGAGAAUGCCAAUGAGCUAUUUGCUUCCAUUAUGAAGAUGCAGAGUCUUCUGAGCUUGUCCCUUGAAGCAAAACAUUCUUUUGACGGACAAAGACUUGUCCUCUUGGAGUCAUUCUCACCUCCAUCAUUUCUUAGGAAACUUCGCCUGGAGGGGCAACUAGAGAAGAUUCCUAGCUGGUUUGGCUUGAUGGAUAAGCUUACAAACCUAAGAUUGGGUUUCUCUCAUCUAUCGGAAAACCCGGCAUCUGUGCUCCAGCUCCUACCAAAUUUGAGAAAAUUAACCCUCUGGCAAGCUUAUGAUGCAAAGCAGUUGGGGAAAGAAUUUUGCAGGGCUGGUGGAUUUCCAAAGCUUGAGUUUCUCAUGAUUGCUUCUGAUGUUCUGGAGGAAUGGACAGAGCUUGAAGAGGGAGCACUACCAAGCUUACAAUACCUCCACUUGCAUAGCUGCGUGAAACUGAGGAUGCUCCCUGAAGGUUUGCAAAACGUGACUACACUGAAAACGUUGAAUUUGUUACCUUUGCUCGAUGAUCACUUGGAGAGGUUGAAACUUGAUGGAGGGGAGGAAAAUUACAAGAUCAAACACAUUCAGAGCAUAUCAGUCCUUCCCAUGUCUGUACUGAACAGUUUAUGGAGUGAUCCCGAAUCACCCUGCACCCAGCAGGGUAUGGUUGAUGAAGAUUGAAGAACAAUAUUAUGCGUCCUGCAGAGAAAUUGCGUUAAUCUAAGACCACUAUAUAUGAUGUGGAUCUAAUAAACUUCACUUCUUACAUGUUACGAGUGUGCAUGUAUCUAAUGACGUGUUUUCAUUUGCAUGUCAUUUUUCAUCACUAUUGAUUGUAACACUCUACUGGAAAUUUAACCUUGCCUGAUUUAUAGUAUUUCAAGGACUCAAAAUUA